AUGUCCCUGGAUUCUUCUUCCUCAAAAACAGAUUAUAAUUUCCUUGUCUGUGGUGGUGCAGCUGGGAUAGUUGGAAACCCCCCAAUAGAAUGGAGUCAUACACACUUUCUCUACAUGCUUCUUGAUUUUGUCAAUGGUGUACACUUAACUGAUUUCGAUCAAAAUCUUUCUGGAUCAAUUAUUAUUGGCCUUUGUAUUGCCUAUUAUUUCUUUGCACGAGAUAAAUUAUCAUUUGACACCUUUAAGUAUGCUGCGCAACCACAUAUUAAUGCUUUUAAUGUCAAUUUAGUACUUGAUAGGAUUCGAAAUUCUUUAAAUCUUCAAUCCAAUCAACAACUUUUCAUACUUCUUCAUAUUGAUGAAUAUCAAGAAAUUUUUGAUUUUGAGAAUAAUAACUUUUGGAAGAUACCCAGUUCGAAGGGACUUUUCAAAGAAUUGAUGUAUGUUCUUGGUCCUUUGAUGACAGAAAAACGCUUGGAUUAUUAUGUUCAAACAUUUCUGUCUGGGACAGCACCACAAGAUGUUACAAGAGAAAAAGAACCAACCAGCUAUUCAUUUGCAUUUGUAAAAUGUCCCAUGUUAACAAUUACAGCAAUCCUCAACAUUUUUGAUUACUUUGCCAACAAAAAUGGUGAUCGACAACAACACUGGAUGGCUAGCACCCCAUUUCUGCAGCUUUUGUAUGACACUGGUGGACUUCCACGAGCAUUACAGUAUGUUAUUGAGAAAUCUCUUGCUAUUCAUAACUUUUUUAAUGAACUGCAGAAUGGAAAAUUUACUUUCUUUGAUAGCCUGUUUGCUGAAAUUGUAAAUACACUCAACCAAAAGUAUAAUAUCAGAAGCUAUGUUCGAAAAAACCUUAAAGUUAGUCUCCAGAUCUUGUACCAUUGCAUUGGUGCAAUUCCAACACAAUUUAACAAGAAUUUGGAUAUAAACACACCACAGUUAACUGUGGAGAAGAUGGAACGUGAUGGUUAUUUAAUUCUCAAACCUCACAGUGAUCUUGACUACCUUAUUGAAAUGCCAUUCUAUUUUUUUUAUCUUUACAACAUGGAAUUAAAUAUUGCACCUGCCAUCCUACAUAAAAAAUUUCAACCUAACUCAGAUAUGUAUUGGGAAGAAUGGGAGAAUUUUGUUGCUCAAUUUGAAGUAAUUCAUAACAACCUACUUGUUGACAUGGGCACAAAAGAAAUCAAAUUGCGUGAUUACUAUUGUGGAGGAAUUGGUAGAGAUGAUAUUCUGGAUAUCCAGAUCAAACUUGAAAAAUUAAACAAUAUUUGUAUAGCAAAAAAUCAAUUUCCCAAAAGUGGUCAACCAAUAAGAAGCUCAGACAAUUUUGAAAUGUCUUUUGAAUCCAAUGAUAUAUUAUUUAUCAAUGGGAAGGCAGCUCCAUUUGCUGAUAUCUUUUUAGUGCAACAAACAUCCAAAUCCCAAAAAAUUAUUAUGGGUUUACAGGAAAAGUGGCAUAAUUUCUCUGAUCCUAUUACCAUAAUGGACAUAGAAAAUGAAUGCAAAAAAAAUAGUGCUGCUAUUGCCAAAUCCACAAUAAAAAACCUGAAAGAUUAUCACAUCAUUACCAUUAUUUUCACAUCACAACAUUUUAACAAAGAGGAUGUUAAGAAGCUUCCAAAUGAUUGUCUAAUAAUUGCAAGAGAUAACUUUGAACAGUGUUUUGGUCCUGUGUUUUCUUCACGGCUAGCCUUCAAUAUAAUGGGCAAACUUAACCUUAACUUUGCAAAACCACAACAGAUUUCCAACCUGAUAAAAGGGAUCGGAACAACUAUGUCUAGUUCAAUAUUCCAAAAGAGACCUUACUAUGGUGUUGAAGAUGUCAUCAAAAAAAAUGGUGAGAAUUUUCAAAAAGUUCAAAAAAGAACUGGAGCAGUGCUCAUACAUUCCAUAUUCAUUUCUCAACAAUUAACAGUUAAUUAUAAUAUAAUGGAUUAA